AUGGAUAAUUUAAUCUUAUCUUUGACAAUGAGAGAAACCGUGUGUGUCUCAGGACAGUAUUCGGGGCCUACAUUAUACGUGCCUUAUACAAGCGAUUUGCCAGAUUUUGAGGGUGUUACUGUGUCUAUAUUUGCCGACGAUACAGCAAUAUUGACAAUAGGAUCUGAUGUUGAACAAUCGACAAAAAAUUACAGGAAUAAACCCACAACCACUGCAUUUCAAUGGUGUCAAAGUAUCAAUCCAAGGAACAGCGAAAUACCUAGGUAUGACUUUGGAUAUCAAGCUCAGAUCGAAAGAACAAUAAGUGGUAAGAAAAAUAAUAAGCGAUUAAAUGAAGUGGGUGGCGAAGUGAUUCAGGAAACAAUAACGUCUAAUGUUAGUGAUGAUUUAAUCACACUAGAAUUCCAAAGAACGGACGGAACACUUAUAACACAAUUAAUCGAUUUUCGAAAUGAAGUUAAAAUUCUUAAAGCUCUUGUUCUUGGAGAAGAAGAACGUGGACAAAGUCAAUACCAAGUUAUGUGUUUCGUGACAAAAUUCAUGAAAGGUGAUUUUAUAUCUGCUGACGCUAUGGCAAAAUUACGACAAAAAAAUCCAAGUACAAUAAGAACGCCAGAAGAUGAUAAAGGUAAAGAAAGUUAUACGAUGACAGCAUGGGUACAAUUGAAUCGAUCUUUACCAAUUACAAGGCAUUUAUAUUCAUUAUGUUCUGAGGCAGCUGAUUCAACUUAUGUUCGUGAUGCUGAUUUAAAAGCAUGGGCAGAAUUACCAGGAUCAUCAAUUUCAAGUUUAGAAGCAGCAACAAUAUUAUUUCCUGAUAUAUCGGCAAAACGUUGUAGUGAAAUACUUAAUUUACGUUCAUCAUGUUUAUGUACAUUAGAAAUGUGUAUUGGUUGGUAUCCAUGCGGAUUAAAAUAUUGUAAAGGCAAAAUAGAUCCAAUAUCAUCAAAUGGAAUUGGGCAGAAUCCAACAAAUUAUCGUUGUGGUAUUAAAACAUGUCGGAAAUGUGAUCAAUAUAUAUAUUAUGUAAGAGAAAAACAACAAUGUUUAUGGGAUGAAUGACAACAGCAACAUGAUCAAAAUGAAUCGGGUAUAACAUGACGUAAUUAUAACGUGAAUAAUAAAAUUAAAAAUAAUAAUAUUAAUUAUGUAAAUAAUAAUUACAAUUAUAAUAAAAGUAAUAAUAACACAAAUAAUAUGAAUAAUAAUAAAAAUGGAAAUAAUAACUAUAAUAAAAUGAAAUAUAAUCAUAAAAAUAUUGAUAACAAAUACAAUAAAAAUCUGAAUAACUUAAAAAUUAUAAAAAUAAAUAAUUUAACAAAUUUAGAAUUUAAAAAGAGAAAAAAACCCAAAUUAAAUAUAGUAGAUAAAAAUAAUAGAAUAAAUAACAAUAACAAUGAUAAAAAACAAAGUAGUAAACAUAAUGAAAUAACUCAUAUCGUUAGUAUUAAGUAUUUAUUUUUAUACUGGUCCUGGCUGUGGUAUAGAAUCAUAUGGAGUUAUGAAAAUAUUUAUACCAACGAUACAGAUGAUAACAUACAUUAAUCGUCAAAUAAUGUAUAUAUGUAUAUAUACAAACAUAUAUAUUAUUAUAUAUAUAUAUAUAUUGAAAAAGAAAUCCAUACAAAAAUAAUAUUAAUGAAAAUGUAUAAAAUUAAAAUAAAAUAUAUAAGAAAGAAAAAAUUUAUACAAAUAUUAAACAGAAAAGAAAAACUCAAGAAUAAAUCAUGAAAUUAUAUUUACAUUUAAUACAAAAAAAGCAAGAAAAUGAAUCAAAACAGUCAAAAAUGUAAGGUGUUUUCGCGAUUCUCAUAAUUAAUUUUGGUUGAGUAGAAAUUAAAAUUCUAAAAGGACAAUGAUAUUUUGUUGUAUUCACUUAAUAAUAUAACAAAAUUUCUGAUUUCUUUUUAGAUUACAUAUUGCAGUAUGUGUUACAAACUACAAUCGAGUCGACAAAAUUUUAAAUAGUUUAAAAAUAUUUUAUAUAAUAUCACAGUUUUUAGCGUUAAAAACAUAAAAUUUUUGAACCUCAUUUUUAUAUCAAAAGUAUAUUUGUUCAUAAAAACAUUUACAACCAGCCAUUAACUUCAAAAAUGCAGUAAAGUAUUGCUAUACAAUUUACGCAAUUACAGCUGAAUUGUGUAUUAAAACCGUAUUAUAGCCACUGUGAAGUAAGAAUAAGUUAUAUAAGAAACUCAACCGAAAUUCCAAGUUCAACAUCAUAUCUUAUAAAAAAAAAUAAUUAUGUUAAUUUCAAUAAAAAUUUUCACUUAUAUAUGGAAUUUUGAAAAUCGCAGCACCAUCUUUUAUUUAAAUCACAAUAUAUUGAGGAGAUCAAAAAUUAAAUAAACAGAAAAAGCAAAGCUUCUAUAAAGUAUAACAAUAUAUUUUAAUUUUUGGAACAAUUAAAAUACAAAAAAAGCAAGAAAUAAAACAUAAGUUUCAUGAAAUUUACAAGAUAAAAGAAAAUAAAAUCCAAAAAAUCUUAUGUUGAAUUUUUUGUAAUUUUAAAAUUUUUCUUAUUUAAUAUUUCCUUAUUUGACUUGUAAUUGUUUUUUAAUAUUCUUUAAAAUGUUGGAUUUAAUCGUGUUGAAAAGGACAAAAAGAUCAAAAGCAAAAAAAAAGAAAAACAAAAUGAAUCACAACAGCAUGUAAAUUUUGUUCAGCAAGAAAAAGAAAAAAAAGCAACACAAAUUUUUUACUUUACUGUUUUAGUUUUAUUUUUUAUUGGAAUAAAGCAAGUACAACAAAUGCAAUUAAUCUUUAUUUAAUAAACAUACAUAUACAUUU